AACAUAGUGAAGGGGAGGGUUUCAAAGAGCAAGAAAGGGUUGUUAAUCACAUGGAGAGAGAAGAAAGGAGAGUAGCAGGGUGACUUUCACCCUGCAACAGUCACUCCAGAGUACUCUGGUGAAGGAUCAAGAAUAUAACCAGUUUUCUGAUGAAGAAAAGAAUAUAUUUGAUCACCAGUAAUCUGCCUUUGACCAUCCUCUACGCCAAGUUUUUCAUCAAUGUCUAGAAAAAUACUUCAGAGGACACAUAUGUCCUCUUUGCAUGUCUCCUUUUUGGGAGCAGUAGGAGAAAGAAACUUAAAGAUGUAGAAAGAAUUAAUAGUAUAACGGAAAGAAAGAAGGCAAAAGGAAGUAAAUGUGGAGGCCAGAGAAAUAGUAAUAAGGAUAAAGAAGAAAACCAGGAAAAAAGAGGAGGGAAAGGCCAUAGAAAAUACUAACCAGAGAGAGACAGAGGAGGAGACAGAGAGAAAGAAAGAGAGAAAAGCUGAUAAAUUCCUGAGAAAAGUUUCUCUCCUUAAGAAUUCUAGGUCAAGAAGUCAAAUAUGGCACAGAGCAUUGAAAGGAGGCAAUGGAUGCCCAGUGCAAGAUUCUGAAGAUACAGGAAUUCAGCCCGAUGGGAGUCCGAGUUCAUGUCGCGACGGCCUCUGCCCUGGUGCAUUGCAUCCUGCUUUCUGGGACGAGAUGCGAGGAAAACUGUGGUAAUCCUGAACAUUGCCUGACCACAGACUGGGUACAUCUCUGGUAUAUAUGGUUGCUGGUGGGAAUUGGCGCGCUGCUUCUGCUGUGCGGCCUGUCUUCCCUGUGCUUCCGCUGCUGCUGUCUGAGCCGCCAGCAAAAUGGGGAAGAUGGGGGCCCACCGCCCUAUGAAGUGACUGUCAUUGCUUUCGAUCACGACAGCACUCUCCAGAGCACUAUCACAUCUCUGCAGUCAGUGUUUGGCCCUGCAGCUCGGAGGAUCCUGGCUGUGGCGCACUCCCACAGCUCCCUGGGCCAACUGCCCUCCUCUUUGGACACCCUCCCAGGGUAUGAAGAAGCUCUUCAUAUGAGUCGCUUCACAGUAGCCAGGUGUGGGCAGAAAGCACCUGAUCUACCCCCAGUGCCUGAAGAAAAGCAGCUGCCUCCGAUAGAGAAGGAGUCAACUUGAAUAGUUGACUCUUGGAACUGAUGAGAGCUGCCAUUUUAUAAAUUGGGGUGGAGGUAUGUCCAGAGUCUGUGGGAAAAUGGAACACAUUCUUUUCUAACCCUCAGAAGUUUUAGGAUGGCAUCUAACACCAUCAUUCCAGGGAAAGAUGGUUCUUACUCUUCAUUCGCAGGCCUUUGUAUCUUCUGAUACAGAAUGCUCUAAUUGGGAACUCUUAAUUUUUUUAUCCAAUGGUCAAAAUCUGCAAGUAAUCUCUAGCCACGCUGAUUACCACUAAACCGGGAAAACAUGAAGGUGUCUUGAAUUCCUUCAACUA